CAGUUCUCUUAUUCUAAAUGGCCUUUCUACUCAGCGAUCAUAAGUACUUCCCUGUCAACAACUGAAUUAGAAGACAUCGUCAUAGACAUAGCACGACGAACAAUGAGCACCACCACCCCCCUCUCCUCCUCCUCCUUCGGCCUCCAACUCCUCCGCCAAAAACCCCUCGCCGACCCCGCGGAUACUACUAGUAGUACCUCCUCCUCCUUCUCCGGUAAAACCGUCCUCAUAACAGGCGCCAACUCCGGGCUCGGCCUCGCAGCAGCAAUCAAAUUCGCCUCGCUGGCCGCCUCCCGCCUGAUCCUGGCCGUGCGCAACACCGAGGCAGGCCAUGCUGCGCGGAGGGCCAUCAUUGAGGCGGCUACUACUACUAGUAGUACUAGUACUAGUAGUAGGGGGGCUGUGAAUGCGGAGGUGGAGGUGUGGGAGCUGGAUAUGGAUUCUUACGAUAGCAUUACAAGGUUUGUGAGGAGGGUGGAGGAGGACGGGAGGAGGCUGGAUGUGGUGGUGCUGAAUGCGGGCGUGUAUAUGGUAGAUCAUCGCGUCGGGCGGUACGGCGUGGAGGAGACGCUGCAGGUCAACACGCUGUCGACGGUGCUGUUGGCGGUUUUGUUGCUGCCCAAGUUGAAGAAGGCCCAGCAUGGGGGGGGAGGGGCGGUUUUGGAGUUUGUGACCUCCCGACGGGCGGAGGCGGUGCAGUUGACCCAGGAGCAGAGACAAAAGGGGGGUUUGUUAUUGAGGGGCUCGACGAUGAGAGAGGGAGAUGGAAGUGGAAGUGCCGGUGGUGGUCGGUAUAACCCCAGUGAGCGCUAUCGCCUGUCCAAGUUCUUGACGACGUGCGCGAUGAAGAAGCUCGCGAGUAUGGUGGAGGCGGACGAGGUGGUGGUCACGGCUGUUUGUCCUGGCGGGGUGGCGACCAACCUGAGUCGGGGAUGGACGGGUGCCGUGGCGACCAUCGUCAAGGCGCUGGUGAAUAGUCUGUUCAUGAGGACUCCCGAGUACGCGGCUCGGACGCUGGUGAGUGCUGCCGCUGUAGGACCUGAGGUCCAUGGGAGGCUGUGGUAUGACGAUGAAUUACACGAGUGAGUUGCCUAACACCGCGGCCAUUUAACGUAGUAAUCAGCUUACAAGGGGACAGUCUUCCAAAUCUCGCCGGCGAAGACGGUGACCACUUGGUCGACAUGAUUUGGGCGGAGCUCACGGAUGUGUUGCGCCGAGAGAUCCCGGAAGUGGAUGGUGUCUUGAGAGACUUAGCUGAACG